AUAAACUUUAAUAUUCUUAAAUAAUUAUUGUAAAACUGUUGAUCAAUUAAAUAGUUAAAUUGUUCAGGUUUGUAACCCUAAACGCUUCGUCAUUUCUUCUGCAAAAUUCAGAAUAUGAGUGAACCUUCGAGUUCUCAUCUGCUCAUCGGAGCUUCUUCGUCGAUUCGCACCUUCGUUUCCUUUGAAGUUCAAUUAAUUGAAUUUGGUAAAGAGGAUAGUACUAAGCAUGGAGUAAUGCACAGAGACUUAAAACCUGAAAACUUCUUGUUUGCAAACAAGAAGGAAAGUGCAUCUUUGAAGGCUAUUGAUUUUGGUCUCUCUGUUUUCUUUAAACCAGGAGUGAUUCUUUACAUAUUGCUCUGUGGUGUUCCACCUUUUUGGGCAGAAACCGAACAUGGAGUCGCGAAAGCAAUUCUUCGAUCUGUGAUCGACUUCAGAAGAGACCCCUGGCCCAAAGUUUCUGAUAAUGCAAAAGAUCUGAUAAAAAAGAUGCUUCAUCCAGAUCCAAGGCGUCGUCUAUAAGCUCAACAAGUGCUUGGUAUCAUCUCUGCUUUCAAAAGCAAUUGUUUUUGGUGCUCAUAUGAAAUCAAUGUUAAGACUGAUCAAUCAUCUUUGGUUUAUAGAUCAUCCGUGGAUACAGAAUGGUAAGAAUGCUCCCAAUGUAUCAUAAUCAACAGAGAUCAAAUCUUCCCAACAUUUUGUUGGAUCAAUCCAUGAGAGCUCGGGUAAAUAUAUCUUCAUUCUCCUUGAAAUCUCAGUCUAUUAACCACCUCGAGUUCUUAAUGUCAUGGUGGAUUAUUUUUUACUUCAGCUUGUUGUCUUUGGACUAUUUAGAGGAACAUGCUGCUAACAUCAGAGGAGCAUUUGGUUAUCUCGAUCCCGAAUACGUUUCCACAAGAACAUAUACCAAGCAAAGAGAUGUUUAUGGCUCCUGGGUUUUACUCUUUGAGCUUAUAGCUGGGAGAAAUCCUCAACAAGGUCUAAUGGAAUUUGUUGAGCUGGUAGAUGUCAUGUGUGUAUGAUUUAUGUUUUGUAAGACAGGACUACAAAGUUACAUUUUGUGUAUAAAGAUAUGAAUUUGAU